UUUUAUCUCUAAGGUUAAAAACAUUAUGCGGGCACGUCAUUUUGAACAGUCAAAAAUAGGGUGCUGGUGUUUUAUUAAAUACAGUCGUCUGAUUAGAUUGGAGGGAUGUGAGGGCGUCCUGGAUGGUAUAAAAGUGGCUGCUCAGCCCCAGUUUCAGUGCAUCCAGGAACGCAGAGGAAGUGGUUGGGAAAGAUGAUGAAGUGGCUGAUCGUUGCUUUGGCGUGUUUGACUCUGUCAGAGGGACUUAUCAGGGUCCCUCUGAAGAAGUUCAAGUCUAUCCGCCAGCAAAUGAAGGAUAGCGGGAAGCUGAAGGCAAUCCAUUACACUGAUCCUGGCCUCAAGUACCUCAAUGCCUACACCACCGCCUUCAACGAGCCUAUCAUGAACUACAAUGACAUGUCCUAUUAUGGGCCCAUCACCAUCGGGACCCCAGCACAGUCUUUUUAUGUCCUGUUUGACACCGGAUCCUCCAACCUCUGGGUUGCCUCUACGUACUGCAGCAGCCAGGCCUGCACAAACCACCCUGUGUUUGACCCCACUCAGUCCUCCACCUGGUCCAGUAAUGGGCAGACCUUCUCCGUGCAGUAUGGCACUGGGAGCCUCUCUGGUGUCUUCGGCUACGACACCGUCACUGUCGGAGGCAUUGCCCUCAGCAACCAGGAGGUGGGUCUGAGCACCAGCGAGCUUGGCAGCAACUUUUUGUACGCCCAGUUUGAGGGCAUCCUCGGCCUGGCGUACCCCAGCGACUCUGUAGGAGGACAGCCCACUGUUAUGGACACCAUGAUGCAGAAUAACAUGCUUAAUGCCAAUGUUUUUUCCUUCUACCUGAGCCGGAAUGAGGCCCAAGGCAGCGAGGUGACAUUUGGAGGUGUAGAUCAGAGCCGAUACACUGGCAGCAUCUACUGGACUGACGUCACUAGUGAGAUCUUCUGGCAGAUUGGAAUUAAUGGCUUCUCAAUCAACAACCAGGAGACUGGCUGGUGCAGCGGGGGCUGCCAGGCUGUUGUGGACACAGGCACUUCCCUCCUCACCUGCCCUCAGCAGUACCUGGGAUACCUGCAGCAGUACAUUGGAGCUCAGGCUAAUGAGAAUGGGGAGUACAUUAUUGAUUGCAACAACCUGGCUAACAUGCCUACUAUUUCCUUUAACAUCAAUGGAGUGAACUUCCCUCUCCCCCCAUCUGCCUACACCAUCGUUGUAAGUAAUAACGGACAACAGUACUGCACCAGCGGCAUCAUGGGUACCUACCUGCCUUCCCAGAACGGCCAGCCCCUGUGGAUUCUGGGAGAUGUGUUCCUGAGGCAGUAUUACUCCGUCUACGACAGGCAGAACAACAGCGUUGGAUUCGCCGCUGCUGCUUAAGUCCCUCCCAUUCACUCCGGCCUCCGUCCAAUCCCUUUAUAACACACCUUGAACCAACCAACCAGAACGGCUGCAAUGCUAGCCUGGGUUUCACCCUCCACACGCUGUGAGAGAGGGUGUGUUAUACAAAUAAAAACAUACAUGGAGCUGAUUUUAAAUCAU